GAAUUUUUUUUUCUCUGCUUUCCUCCCUUUCUUGUUUGCAGAAAACCCGCCCGCGAUGAACUCGACGGCAUUGUAUGAUUCUACUACCCAGCUCAACUGGGCAGAACAAAAAUGGGAGCAAAUGUACGAAGGACGCAAUCCGUUGCUUGUAACAGGCAUUUUCGCUUUCCUGAUGCACGAAUUCGUGUACUUCGGUCGUUUCAUCCCUUUCCUCAUUUGCGACUACAUUCCAUACUUCAAAAAGUAUAAGCUUCAAGAGGCCAAAGCCAAUACCACCGAUGACUACUGGAACUGCACCAAAAAGGUGCUUUACGCUCACUUUGUCUUUGAAGGGCCUUUGAUCUUUUUGUUUCAUCCCAUGGCAACCAUGCUUGGCAUGAAAGUCGCCGCCCCUUUCCCCGCAUGGCAACAAAUGCUUCCUCAGAUCGCCAUCUUUUUCAUUUUCGAAGACUUUUACCACUAUCAUAUGCAUCGUUUCAUGCAUUGGCCUCCAUUCUAUAAAAAGGUUCACAAGGUCCACCACGAAUACGCCGCUCCUUUCGGUAUUGCUGCAGAAUACGCACAUCCUAUCGAGACCAUGAUUUUAGGUUUCGGCACCGUGUGCGGUCCUUUAAUUUACCACGCUGUUGCCAAUUACUUCGAUUUCGGGGCCGAAUGGGAUCUUCAUCUGAUUACCAUGUUAUCAUGGAUCGUCUUGCGUUUAUUCCAAGCUAUUGAUGCUCACUCGGGUUACGAUUUCCCUUGGUCUCUCCACAACUGGGUGCCUUUCUGGGCUGGCGCUGAACAUCAUGACUAUCACCACCAAGCCUUCGUUGGAAACUACUCCUCUUCCUUCCGUUGGUGGGACUAUCUUUUCGGCACUGACAAAAAGUACCGCGCCUACCGUCAGCGUCAACGCCUCGAACGUUUGAAGGUCAAAACAAAAUAAGCUUUGUAUUCGCUUCAGUCCUGGCUUUUGGCUUCUCCUCUACUUUUUAAUCUUUUCUCUAUACAUUUACACUUCCUAAUUUUCGCACUAUCAUAUUAAUGGUUUCGUUCUUUGGCUUUUUUUUUGUCCAUCCUCCCCAUUCUUGGUUAUACUGCAUCUCCAUACGCACACAUGCUUUUAUAUAAUAAUAGAGAGCUCUUUUUUUCUGGAUUAACUUGCAGAAAUUAAAAAUUAUGUAUCCAUGGAUGCACAUACAGCGAA